CAAAAAGUACACCACUAUAUGUAAUAUCAACCUUCGGUUUGACGCUCCGUCAAACUUCUUUCUCCCACCUUUUCCAAUUUCACAGUCUAUCAUAACUCCAACGACAAUAUGUUCGACAUAGACUGGUUAAGUCUCGCGCUCCCAUUCGCGUACAUCACCGUACUCGGUGGUUCUCUGUAUACCUUUUCCACUAUUUACAGAAAACGAAAGGCGUCACAAAGCGCCAACCUCGAGCCAUGGUUUCCGUCACACUUGCAGCGAAAUAUCUACCUAACCCUCCUUCACAUGGAACCCGAACCUGGUCAAGAAAAAGCACCUAAGGUACCUGAUAGCGUUAUCCGAGCUGCACUUCUUCGAAGAGCCGUCGAGGACAUCCGUCGCAUCAUUCAGAUCCGAACCUCGAAACAAGCCCUUAACACAUUGUUACAACGAGGAAGUGUCGGCGAGGACUUGAAUCAAAGAUUCACGAGAGCCGAGAAAGAGAUUGAGGAAGAGCUGCGCGAUGUCGUCACAGAGGCCAAUGCUCUCGCACCUGGUUGGGGCCAGACUAUCUUCCAGUCCGCGAACGAGAUUGCCGCAAACACCAUGUUACGUACUAAGCUUGACGAGAUUGAGAGCCGCGCGGAAACUGACAAGGAGUGGUGGGAGAAGCGACGUGAGGCAAUCAAGAAGGACUUCAUGAGGGAGUUGGAUGAGGAAUCAUCGACUAAGGGCUCUGUCAAAGGUAGUGACGAUGACGCAGUCUUAGUCGACUCGGGUACCCCUGCAUCUACACCUGGAGGCUCUAGAAAGAAGAAGGGAGGCAAGAAGUGAAUGUCCGCCGUUCGUUGUUCGCCUUAAUUUCUGUCGGGGGAAAAGACUUGGGGUUGCCUGUUAGAUCAUCUUAUACCGUUGCCAUUAAUCGGUAACAUAUUGCAUCUUCGUACCCGGCGUUCAGGUGUAGGGUUAUAGGGGUACUGUGUACGAAUACACAACGUAUAUACGCAGGUAGACUACGUUGACGGCGUAGUAUCUGGGUAUUGAUACCCGUGUUGGGAAUUGUACUAUGAUCUCAUACCUGA